AUGAACAUCGUGGUGGAGUUCUUCGUGGUGACGUUCAAAGUGCUGUGGGCGUUCGUGCUGGCCGCGGCGCGCUGGCUGGUGCGGCCCAAGGAGAAGAGCGUGGCGGGCCAGGUGUGCCUCAUCACGGGCGCGGGCAGCGGCCUGGGCCGCCUCUUCGCGCUCGAGUUCGCGCGGCGCCGGGCGCUGCUGGUGCUCUGGGACAUCAACACGCAGAGCAACGAGGAGACGGCGGGCAUGGUGCGCCACAUCUACCGCGACCUGGAGGCGGCCGACGCCGCGGCGCUGCAAGCUGGGAACGGCGAGGAAGAGAUCCUGCCCCACUGUAACCUGCAGGUUUUCACCUACACCUGCGAUGUGGGGAAGCGGGAGAACGUCUACCUGACGGCAGAAAGGGUCCGCAAGGAGGUUGGCGAGGUCUCGGUCCUGGUCAACAACGCCGGCGUGGUCUCCGGGCACCACCUCCUGGAAUGUCCUGAUGAGCUCAUUGAGAGAACCAUGAUGGUCAAUUGCCACGCACACUUCUGGACCACGAAGGCUUUUCUUCCUACGAUGCUGGAGAUUAAUCACGGCCACAUCGUGACGGUUGCGAGCUCCUUGGGAUUGUUCAGUACCGCUGGAGUCGAGGAUUACUGUGCCAGCAAAUUUGGAGUCGUGGGUUUCCAUGAGUCCCUGAGCCACGAGCUAAAGGCUGCUGAAAAGGACGGAAUUAAGACAACACUGGUGUGCCCGUACCUGGUAGACACCGGCAUGUUCCGAGGCUGCCGCAUCAGGAAGGAGAUCGAGCCUUUCCUGCCCCCUCUGAAGCCCGACUACUGCGUGCAGCAGGCCAUGAGGGCCAUCCUCACCGACCAGCCCAUGAUCUGCACGCCCCGCCUCAUGUACAUCGUGACGUUCAUGAAGAGCAUCCUUCCUUUCGAAGCCGUGGUGUGCAUGUAUCGGUUCCUAGGAGCGGACAAGUGUAUGUACCCCUUUAUCGCUCAAAGAAAACAAGCCACAAACAAUAAUGAGGCGAAAAACGGCAUCUGA